UGGAAGGGGGCAAAAGUUAGCGGUAUUUAGCGAGUCGUGUGCGGCUGCGCUGUAUGCAGCUCCCGGCCGGAGAAUGUCUGUGCACUUGACGAAGCUUCUGAUGUGGUCGGCGUGUUUGCGCCGCCUGCGCUUUGAUCAACCGGUCGUUUUCGCGGAACUCCCGCGCCAGCUUCUUGUGUAGCUACUGCUGCUGUUUGAUCCAACUUCUCCGCCGAUGCCAUGAUCAGGGCCGAGAUCUCGUCUUCUUACCAAGAGCUGAGUGAAGAUGCAGAGCACUUCGCUGCAAACGCAGAUCCAGCAGAGGAACAAGCAGAUGAAGAGGAUCAGGAUGAUGCCAGCUCCUCUAUCCUUCCAGACAGCAACAGCCCUUCGAUGCGCUUCAGCAAGUCCUGCCUGAAGAAUGUCUUCUCGGUCAUUCUCCUCUUCAUAUACCUUCUGCUGAUGGCUGUCGCUGUUUUCCUGGUCUACCAAACCACUGCUGACUUCAGGGAGAAACUUAAGCACCCGGUGAUGUCCGUCUCUUACAAGGAGGUGCCUUCAUAUGACGCUCCAGGUAUAGCCCUUUUUCUGGGCAAGGCUGAACUGCUGACGUGCAAGCAUCACUACUAUGACUACAUUCCACCACUGGUAAACCCAGGCCAGCCAGGAAAAAUUGAAUGUGUUACUCAGAGAGUCAACUACACAGGUCCUUUUACUAAUCAAACCAAGAAACAUGCUGUGAUUGUGGAAGGACCUCGGGAUGUGAAGAAACGAGAACUGGUCUUCAUGCAGUUCCACCUGAAUGAGACAGACCUCGAUUUCAGUGCAAUUGAUUACCUCCUUUUUUCUUCGUUCCAAGAGUUCCUCAACAGUCCCAACAAAUCGGAGUUUAUGAAGGCGUGCGAGAGCUCCUAUUCCAGCUGGAAGUUCUCUGGCGGUUUCCGGACCUGGGUCAAAAUGUCUUUAGUGAAAACGAAAGAAGAAGAUGGGAGGGAGACAGUGGAAUUCAGACAGGAGAUCAGUGUGGUUAACUACAUUGAACGGACGACAAAAGCAGGAGGUGACCAACUGUUUUUUGUGGUAUUUGAAUGGAAAGAUCCUUUUAUCCAGGAAGUUCAAGAUAUUGUCACUGCAAAUCCUUGGAACAUGAUUGCUCUUCUGUGUGGUAUUUUCCUGGCUUUGUUUAAAGCAGCCGAUUUUGCCAAACUCAGCGUGAAGUGGGUGAUAAAAAUCCGAAAACGGCACCUCAAGAGAAGAGCUCAAGUGCUGAACCAUAUAAGCUGAGGCCGAGUGCUACUGAAUUUUCUAUUACACUGAAGAAUAGAAAUGGACAAAAAAACUACACCAGUACAACAUUUGUCUUCCACAGAGAACCUGCAUAGACAGAAGGACUGUUUGUUUGCUGGAGUAUAAUGAACCUGACACUUGAAGUUUUAGAAAACUACUAACUGUAUAAGAACUCCUACUAAAUCCAUGCUCUUUUCCAAAAUGAUGUGCUCCUUUACAAAGCUACUUUUAAGUAGUCGAUUCCUGAAACAAUAUUUAACCUCUUGUAACAAAACUCGAAUAUAGACAGAUAAGGCCUUCAUGUAGUAGUGAAGCAGGUGACAUCUUUUUAAACCCAUUUCUGUCCAUGUUCAUGGAAUUUAAUCGAGUUAUGCGUUUAGCUAAUCCUCUUCUUGCUCAAGGCACAGGUUUGGUCUCUAGCAGUUGCAGUUAUCUCAGGGAAAAUAGCAGGAGUCUGUAGCUCAGUGGUAGGGCAACUGCUUUGCAUGCAGAAUUUACGAGGUCCAAUCCCUGACAUCUCCAGGUAGUGGUGGAAAAACUCCUGCAUGGAACUCUGGAGAGCAGCUGCCGGUCAGUGUGGACAAUACUGGAUUAGAUUGGCCAGUGGUCUGACUCAAUCUUGUGGCAACAUCUUACGGAAAUGUUCCAAGCAUUGCUCUGACACACUCCAAGAGGUAAAAGUACAUUUCUAGUAAAGGUCCACACAAGUUGUGCAUUGGACACAUACUGAUUCACAAGUGAAUCACAGGCAGUACUGCAGACGAAUUUGAGCAAUGCAGGUUGGCUACACGACAUUGACAGCAAUUUCAUCCCUCAGUGUUCAUACCUGAAAGUAUUACAUCCUCUGUUGGAUUCCCACUCCUCUAAAUGUUCAACCUGUGGUUACUAAAAGGAAGACAGUAAGCCUAAAAUCAGCUCAAAAGUACCCAUCUCUACAGGAUAGAAUGCUGAAAGCACUGGAAUUUUAUCGAACAUUCUUAUUUGGUUAAAAUUUAUUUGAUUGUGUUGUUUUUCAAUAAAAUGACAUCUGUGUGCAUCUUAA